AUGGCGCGCGUUCUGUGGCCGCUGCUGCUGCUGCCCCUGCUCGGGGGCGGGCUCGGGGGCGGGCGCGCCGCGGCCGCCAAGGGCUGGUCGUGCCGCCAGGACGACGUCACCUUCGAGCUCAUCACGGGCUUCGUCUACUCCGCGCCCAAGGACGUGCUGGACACGCGCACCGGCACCCUCAAGCUGUCCGACUGCAUCGCCGCCUGCCAGGACCAGGCCGGCUGCCAGAGCCUCAACUUCGAGACGGGCUUGUGCGUGCUCUUCUCGUCCAGCGCGGAGACGCACCCAGGUGGCCUGGCCAAGUCGCAGUUCCCCGUGUUCACCCUGUUCGCGCAGAAGACGUGUCUGCGCGGCGCCAAGGCCGGCGCGGCGGGCGGCGCGGCCAAGACGGGGGCGCCGGCCAGGAACUGGGCCUUCGAGACGGUGCGGGGGCACGUCCUCAGGACCUCCGUGCGCCGCCACCACCGCGUCGCCUCGCGCAGGGACUGCAUGCAGCUGUGCCUGGACCAGCGGGACUUCGUCUGCAGGUCCGCCAACUUCCACCACGACUCGGGCGACUGCUCCAUGAGCGACAUGGACCGCUUCACCGUGUCCGGCAUGAGCAGCCUCACAGCCGAGGAGCGCGUCGACUACCUCGAGUCCAACUGCGUGAGCGACCCCAUCAAGAUGUGUGACUUCACGGAGCAGCCGGGCCGCAUCCUCAAGACGGUGGACUCGGUGCACCAGGACGUGGCCUCGCUGGCCGACUGCAGGAAGCUGUGCCUGCAGAGCACCGAGUUCCGUUGUCACAGUUUCGACUACGAAGACACCGGCCCCAAGGUGUGCCGGCUGUCGCACCACGCGGCGCCCAGCCUGCAGCACAUCGAGGAGCCGUACCUGGAGCUGGACAAGGCCAUCACCUACCAGCUGACGGCGUGCUACAACGUCACCAUCGACUGCAGGGGCACGGACAUGGUGGCGCGCGUGCAGACCAACAAGGUGUUCAACGGCAAGGUGUACGCCAAGAGCAGGCCCAACUCGUGCGUGUCGGACGUGGUGAACAGCCUCGACUUCCAGCUCAAGCUGGGCUAUCACGAUCUCAACUGCGACGUGAAGCAGGACGCGCCGGGCAAGUUCUCGGCCGAUAUCAUCAUUCAACACCACGACCAGAUUGUGACGGGCCAGGACGUGGGGCUGUCGGCGCGCUGCUCGUACUCCCUGGAGAACAGCACGGUGGGCCACGGCGUGCGCCUCGAGGUGGCCGGCGAGCCCGGCGGCGGCGGCGCGGGGGCCAACGCGGGGGCGGCGGGCAGCGGGGGCGCGGUGCAGUCCCAGGAGACCACGUACGUCGUCUCGCCCACCGUCACCAUGCGCAUCACGGACCGGCGUGGCGAGGACAUCCACACGGCGCAGGUCGGCGACGCGCUCAGCCUCCGCUUCUACAUCCUGGACCAGCACACGCCCUACCAGAUCUUCGUGCGCGAGCUGAUCGCGCUGGACGGCGUGGACUCGUCCGAGAUCCUGCUCAUCGACAGCCUGGGCUGCCCGACGGACCCCACCAUCAUGGGGGCCAUCUCGACCGUGGACACGGUGGACGGCUCGCAGGUGCUGCAGGCGCCGUUCGACGCCUUCAAGUUCCCCACGUCGGACGUGGUGCAGUUCAAGGCGCUCGUCACGCCGUGCCUGCCCAAGUGCGAGCCCGUGGUGUGCGACGUGGAGGACUACUACGGCAUGGUGCGGCGCGUCGACUCGUACGGCCGGCGGCGGCGGCGCGAGGUGUCCUCCAAGGGCAAGGACGACGACGUCAUCCUCAUGCAGAGCAUCCGCAUCGCCGACAAGUUCCAGUUCGAGGCGCAGCCCCGCGGCAGCCUGGUGAGAGAAAUCACCGAUUCUCUUGGGGAAAGAACUACAACUCAUUAA